UGUCACAUGGGCGGUGUAUUAGCUCGUUUAGGCAACUGUCAGUUUCUAAGAUCAUUCUAAGAUUCAUAAAAAUAGUUUUCUUGAUUUUUAAAUGUGAAUUCAUAAAGCAAUUUGUAUUUAGAUAUUAAGAACAUUUGUGAUAAAACAAUUCAGAAUGGCUCAUAGUUCUCAAACAUAUGGGUCCACAGAUCAACGGACAGAUGUACCUGAUGUGGGAUUUAGUCCUACUGAACUUUAUAGUCUCUGUGAAAAUAUUAGCACUAAUAUAUAUACGAUUAACAUAAGUUGGAGAUCACUUGAACGUGCAUAUAAAAAUAUUGGAACCAAUAAAGAUAAUCAGGGUGUAAGAGAUAAGGUGCACAUAACAAAUUUAAGCACAAAUCAAGUAGUGACCCAAACAAGCAAAGACAUUGCAAGACUGACGGUGUUAAUGAGGAAAGGAGAUAAACAGCAGAAAUUGCAAAUUGAGAAACUCACUGUUGACUUCAGAGAUGCUUUGGGAAGAUAUUCAGAUAUGCAGAAGUCAAUUGCUGAAAAGAUGAAGAGACAUAUUUUGCCUACAAUUAAUGUAGAAAUUUCCAUGGAUCCAGAAGAUGAGGAAGAACAACGUUUAUUUCAAGCUCAAGAGCAAGAACACAAAGCGACCCAGAGGAAUCUAGAAUUUCGACAAGACUUAUUGUUGGAGAGAGAAGAUAUAGUAAAAUGUAUUGAAGGCGAUAUUUUGGAUGUGAAUCAGAUAAUGCGAGAACUCGCGGCAGUGGUCUACCAGCAAGGCGACACGUUAAACACAAUAGACAGCCAUAUAGAAAACGUACAUGGAAACGUUGAGUUAGGAGCGCAAGAAUUGAUCAAGGGAAGUAAUUACCAAAGUAAAUACCGUCGAAAAGUUUUUAUCUUACUGUUGCUCGCUAUCAUAGUAGUUGUUAUAUUAAUUAUUGUCCUAGUCACUAAAUUAAGUUAGCGCUCUUGAUCGUCGUAGAUAAUGCGAUAGUGGAAAAGGUUGUCUCAAUCUAUUUUAUUGAUCACAAAAUUAAUACCAAGGGAAGAUAUACCUAAAUCGUCAGUUUCUAUGCGAUAUGGGGAGAGGAUAGACUUAUUUUAUAUCCGUGUGUAAAUUUAAUACAUAAUUCGAGUAUAUUAUUUUCCUGUACUGAUCCAGUAAAACGUUGUACGCUAUACUCACUGCAGAAAUCUAUUGUUACUUGCGUUUUAUUGCAGCUUGAAUUGAAUAAUAAUUCAGACUUGAACAAAAAUGUUAGAUGCGUGACUUGAAAAUUUUCAUAGCAGAACAGUUUUCUCUGAGUAGAGUAUAAUUUCAAAUACUGCAAUGUGAUUUAUAAUUUUUGCUCUAUCUGGAAGCAGUUAUCUAAUUCAAUCAUUUUACUUGUUUUCUCAAUAAUUUAUACAACACUAUAAAUGUCAGAAGUGUUUAACAAAGAUGUUAAUGUUAUGUUCUAGUUCCCAAUUUUAUGACGACAUAUGUAUAUAUUAUUUGUUGAAAAUGCAGUUAUGUGUUACACAUCAAACUCUAUAUUAUUUCGAAUACUUAUUAUUAUAAAAUAUUUGUAUACUGUAAAUAGGAAAGACAGUUAUAAUUUAUUUAUCAAGGAAUACGUUAUCCAAUAUUUAAAAACUUGAUUUUAGAAAAUGAUGAACCGACACAUGCACUAAAUUUAGUACGACAUAAAAUAAAUAAUGUGGCACUAUAAGUUGACGAAUUUUCAAUGUCUGAUUAGUUUAUGUAGUCUAUAAUCUGCUUCUUACCUGAAUAUAAUCUUUUAUUGCUUAUA